AUGUCGUCCGCCGAAAUGGACCUGAUGUCCUCCCCGGAUCCGCUGAUAGAGUCAGUGGUCCCGAGCUCGACAGCGCCCUACACGAGGCGCAUAACACGGAGCCAGCGCACCCAGCGCUUCGCGUCGCUGUCGCAAUCGCCCCGCAAGCGCACUUUUGAAUUGGACGUCGGCGACGAGCGCUCCCCGCAAAAGAUCCUCGUCACCGUCGAGGCUGACGGUUCCGACAAGGAGAACGGCGUCAGCCGCCGGCUGUUUGCUGCCUCGCCCACCCCACGAUCCGGCAUCCGCAGGAGAGAGAUGACAACCACAACCUCAGUACCCCUCAAGGGGUUGACGGACGAUGAAGGCGCAGCGACGCCGCGAAAACGAGGACGGCCUCGGAGAUCAGGGACCCCGACGCCGGGUACGCGCAAGCGAGCAGGGACUCCUAUCAAAGGCACUCCGAGACAGACUCGUAGGGCGAGGCUCGCGUCAGAAGACACGGCGUCGGAGAUCAGUCUAGCUAGCGACCAAGCUACGCCAAAGGCUCCUCGGGUGAAGAAGACACCCAAGAAGAAGUCUGCCACGCCGGCAAAGGCGAAGGAACCAAAGUCCGCGCCCGAUUCUCAACCCAGGAAACGUGGACGUCCACGAAAAGCGCUUGCACCAGAGGAGGCCGAAGUCAUUGCAGAACAGGAAUACGACGCCACGGAGACGACGAUAAUUGUUAGCGACCCCUCGGUCUCGUCCAUCGAUGACGCUCCAGCGAGCCCACUAGACGACCGGGUUCUCGCGAGUGAUCCAGGAGUCGCCAUCCAAGCUCCCGAUGCCACCGAGGACAAUUUUGAUGCCGGCGAUGCAGCGGAGGGCGGCGGCGGUGAUGACGACGACAUGUGGCUUAUCAACGUUCCAGAGCCCUCCAUUCGACGGCAAUACUCGAACCGAGGACAAGCCGACACAUCUGCUUCCUUUGAGCGCUCCGUACCCCGCUCAGCACGGUCAACAAGGUCAACGCGAUCAACACGAUCCCAAACACGGUCAAGCUCACCUGGCCGUGCACGUUCAGAAUCCGAUGGCGCCCCGGAGGCCAUGAUGGACAUGGAUCAUCGUAGCGAGGCCGAAUCAGUCAUCAGCGAGGGCAUCGCACCUAGCGUGGGUGGACAGGACACCAUCGUCAAUGGCGAAGACUUUAGCAUGAUCUCUUUUGACACCAUGCAAUCAUUCCAUGCCAAUUCUAGCAUGCACGAGGCGGCCUUGCCUGAGAUGGGCGAGGUGACAAGUCUCAUUGUCAGCAGAACACUCGAGUCAUUGCGACAUGAUCAGAGUCAAAAUGAAGGAAGAAGUCUGGUCCUGCCUUCGACCGACCAAGAGAUCCCCGCCUCUUCAUCUCCACCUAAAGACUCACCUCAAGUUGAUGCUACAUCCCAUCAGAGCGAUGGACCCCUCUUCUCCCAGCCGUCUUCGCCGCAAAUGUGGACUAAGAGCCCUCGGAGGAAUCGCCCACAGCCUCUCAGCCGGCAGGUGGCCCUCAAGGCACUUCAAAAAAGCGAUGCCCCGUCCAGCCCACAACAACCUCAAAUGGCUGACUCUCCUGAACGCACGCCGAGGGCCGAUACCUCGAAGCGUGCCAUCGAAGAUCACAGCAUGUACGAGGAUUCUUUCUCGGAGAUCCCUGAAGCUGUUCUGGAAGCCGCAACUCCCCGAAGGCCGGCGGUCUCUCAUCACUUCGAAAUGGAGGAGGAGCAGGAGGAGCAGGAGGACGAACAAGAAUAUGAUAAUGACAUGCUACCUGCAGCGGAUCACUCUGAGGAUGAUGUCGACAUGUUACCCGGGGGCGAAGUGGAAGAGGCAGAGGUGCAAGAGGAGAGUCCUUCCCGAUCUGCUUCCCGUCGCGGUUCUAUCGCUAGCUCCGCAAAUCAGCUGGAAUCCGAGUCAAAUAGGCUGUUGACUCCAGACGAGACUCCGUCUCCUAUCGAAAGCGUGCAUAGCAUGUUCCAGGAGAAGAUGAGCCAAGCCGGGCUGAUGGGAGGCUCCCCGAGCAGAUCAUCUCCUCCAGCACCCGAUGCUCCCCAACAGCAGCUCAGCGGUUGGAGUUCUACACAUCACUCGAGGCAAAACUCCUCCGCUACACCGCCAAGACUCGCCUCUUCUCCGCAGUUGCCGCCGCCGCCAAUGUUUGUAGUUGACAACAGGGCCGAGAGUCCUUCGCUUCCGUCAAGUAGCUCACGCCCGGCACUCUCGCCCAUCGUUCGUGCUGGACGAGCACUGCAGAGUGUUACUUCGGAUCCACCAUCACCUAAGGAUAGGGAGAGUCUGCUUGGGAGCCCCUUCCGAAGCUCGGUUGGAAGGCCUACACCAUCUCCAGCACCGAUGCAGCGGGAGGCAACUGCGCCUGUCUCAACUCCCAAGGUGACUGCGCCGACUCCUACCCAGCCACCGCCGCCCUCUGUUCCGCAGUCGGAUAGGUCAUGGUCCAAAGCUUUUGCUCCCUUGAGCCAGCUGAAGAAUCUCGUCGUGCAGAGCGCUCAGGUCUUUUCUCCACGCAUGGCUAGCACAGCAGCCCCGGAAGAAUCUGCUGAUUCAGAGUCCGAGGAACGACUGGCAGAGCCAGUUGUAGAGUCCGAGGCUAUGUUCUCGGAUUCACCUCUCAAGCAACCCGUCUUCGCGGCUAACACCCUCAGCUCAACCAGAGUGCAUCCUCCUAGCGACGAUGAGAUGCAGUGGGAGGUGAACAACAGCCCACCACGAAAUCUGAGCAUGGCCGGGGAUGGAAGAGAUUCCAUUUCGAGCCGAUUUGCGACGAAAGGAUCCAUGGAUCAGCCGAUGGGCCAGGACGAAGACGUCGAGAUGCAGCAUUUCUCACCUGCUGCUCCGUCCCAAGCGGGCGAUGACGACUGGGACAUUUGGGCAGUUGAGGCACAACGGUCGACGCAAGAUUCCUCCAGAUUAUCAGAGUCGCGCCAUGCAAUCAUCAACCCACCUCGACGGAGCAAGCUCCCGAGCCCUUGGAGGCAGAACAGCAGGCGAUUCCAGUACAAUGAUGAAGUUGCUCGAGAUGCAGUCGCUUCUGCCAAUGAGGAGCCUUCGAGAACCGAAGAGUACUCUAUGCUAUCUGCCCAAAGCAGCAAAGAGGCACAAAAUGCACCACAGGAGACCGCUCCGAAGACAAGCAAGGUGGACCUGUCCUCCUUCUUCUCGUCGCCCGCAGUGCUACCCAAGAUGCAGCCUCCAACGAUGCAACAGCCAAUCGUCCCCUCGGUGCCGCAGAGAGAAGAGGAGACAGAGGAGCCAUCACCGCAACCCAUUCAGCCGACACCCUCGCUGCCACAGAAGCGCUUUCAGUUCCGUGACAGGAUGCAGAGCGCGGCUCAGAAGCCGGCGGCACAGAGCCAGCUUCGCUCUUCCGUGUUGGCCCAGAGCUUCCAGCCCAGCGGUCCAAAGAGUGCUGACCUCUUCUCCCUUGGUGAACCUCUAGAGCCAGAAGACGAAGCUAUUGAUGCGGAUGAGGUCCAGAAGGAGCCAACGCCGGUCCCUCCUUCUACCCCUGAUCGCUCCUCCUUUAUGCAUGUUGCCCAAAAGCAGAACUUCACCCCUCGACUUGGCAGAUCAGGCGGGUCUCUUUUCAAGUCACCCGCCAAACGAACGGGGCCGAGCUUGCUUGCCGGUGGGAAGAAGUCACUCAACUUUGCUCCCAGGCCGGAUCACGACUCGUCUUUUGACACACCUGAUCUCAAGCCCCUGCCGGAGAAGACGGCGUCGCCAACCAAGUCGUGCCUGCGCUCACCACUCAAGCCCAAGACGCCCGGCCGUGUCGUCGAGUUCACGAGCAGCACUCUGUCGCCGCUGGCCCAGGCCCAGGUCCGGGCCGAUCGUAACGUACAGAGCAGCGGGCUCGCCUCGUGGGGCCAGAACUUCAGCGCCUCGACGGCCAGCCAGCCUCGGAGCAACCUCCCGCCGCAGUCUGCUGCUUCUACUCUUGGUGCCACCGUCACCAAUGACGAGGAGGCCGACAAGGAGAACGCGCCGAGCCCAGCCACCGGCAAAAAGCAGCAGGCCAUGGCGGCAAACAAGAGCAUGAGCUUCACCUCGUCCCUGCUCGCCGGCACGCCGAAGUCGGUGGUGGCGGGCAGCAGCGGCGGACCCACUGCCGCCGCAGGCCGCCAGGCCUCGCCGCCGCUGUCGCACACGACCUGGUCCCGCGGGCACUGGGUGCGCCUCGACGAGCUGCUGCAGGAGCGGCGGCGCGCGGGCCCGCUCAACUUCCAGCUGCAGCACCGGGCGGCCGCGGCGCCGCCGUCGAGGCGCCGGUCCUCGGCGCUGCUGGGCAAGCAGGUCGCCGCGCAGGGCGAGACGAUGACGCUCGAGCAGUGGCACCUCGACGUCGUCGAUGCCUUUGCCGCGGAGCUCGGCGACGGCGGAUCGGCUGCGGCGUCGUGUGCAUGGGACGAGAACGUGCUGGCCAAGAGGCUUUUUGCGCUCAUCGUUGGGGAGGAGAGGAGGAGGCUUGGGCUUGUGCCUCGGCGGAGGGCCGAGGUUGUUGUUUGA